AUGCCGUUCGAGUUUAAGCAUGUAGCAUCGUAUACGGUGCUUCAGUCUGAGGCUCCUGAAUCAACAAUUGCUAUCCCAGGCCAUCCUCCCAAAUGGAAUCCAUUUACCGAGCCAAAGAAGCUUAAAUCAGAUGGUUUGCAAAUGGAGCCCUAUCUAAAAAAUGACCUUGAGCCAUUAUUCCGUGCAAUCGAUAUUGAAAAGCCCUUGCUCAAUAUGGAUCACAUGUCUCUGGUGACCGAUGCUUGUGUCCUCCGAAAACUCUUCCACUAUGCAUCGAGUGACAAGCAACAUAGCCUUCAUGAAAAUCAGCUAUGGAGUCUGGACACGGAGGUUUCAGGAGAUUGGACCGUGGUGUUUCGCCAUUUCCGGGGUCGUCCCUGGCGGAAUCCCAACCGGAGGGAAUCUCUUGGCUAUGGCCGCAACUUCGAAAGGGCGGAUACGACUAACGCUAUCAAGGAGAACGCUGAGCACCAGCGGAUAAUAAGAUAUCGGAUUGCAUUUCUUCGCGUUAUUGUGAGAUACGAAGUAGAUGGGUUCAUUGACAAUGAGCCGAGCCCCAACGAAGAGCCAACCGCUUCUCUGGAGUUGGGGAAGGCAGAGACGACCUCAUCUGGUUUGCGAAUCUUGGAGCAUGGUCAGAAAGUAUCUCCCCGGUCUAUAGUUGAGAUGAAGACCAAACUUGUAUCGCCAAUUCUCUUCGAAGAUGUCGCUUGUCAACUUUGGUUUUCGCGAGUGAGCAACCUGGUUCUUGCUACCCACGAUUACGGCCCCUUCACGCCUCCCGAGGUCAAAGAUGUCACAGAGUCUCUAAAAUACUGGCAAGAAAAAAACCAAAAAAUCUGGAUAGACUGGCCUGCGGUCUAG